AUGGAAAACAAUAUUUACCUCGUCUUCCUCCUCAUCUCCGUUCUAGCUCUCCCUCUUGUCACUGCAACACCCACCAUGUCUCCACCAGUCCCACCUGAAAUGUCGGUGGAACAGCUUCAUAAUAUCAUUGAGGCUCUUAUAGGAGCAAACGAUUUCAGAAGCUGGGCCGAUGUGCUCUCUGUUUCAGAUCCAUCAACCUUCCCCAUGACUGCAACCUUCUUCAUCCCCACCGACGAUGCCAAUGAACGUUUCUCCAGUUCACUCACUCGUGACUUCGAUCCAUCAAUUAUCCUCUACCAUAUAGUCCCUCAAGAAUUCACCUUUUCUGAUCUUCAGAAGUUACCAAUUGGUUCUCGACUCACUACUCUGCUCCAGGACAAAUCGAUUCUUGUGACUAACAAUGCUGGUUCGAAUUUCACCAUUGAUGACUGCUUGAUCACUCAUCCUGACGUGAUCAUUAAUGGCGCAUUCUCUGUUCACGGAAUUGGGUCGAUCCUCAACUACACCACUUACGCUGCUGAGCCACUCCACCAGUCGCCUGUGUCCUCUGACAUUCCGGGAGGGUUUUCUCCGCCGACCGGAGAGAGUGUAGGUCGUCGUCACUCCGAUGCACCAUGCUCUUGCGCGCAGUUUCCGAUCAUUCUUUCAGUUUUUUGCGCAAUUUUCGCGUUCAAGAUCCAUUAGGAAUCUCUUUGUACGUUGAUGGCUUGAUUGGGCUUUA